CGUUGGAGCUGGAGGUUCUAGGGUUUUCGGUGGGUUUCGUCACACUUUGGAAACAUAGCACCAAAUUGGAAUUAGACAUUCAAUUUUUUGGCCUGUCGUCAUGUGGUGUAUUUGGUUGGAAAGGAAUGACGAUGUCUUUAGCCAAAAAGAAGAAAAUCUGGAGUUAAUUAGGGUUCAACUGGCUUUUUGGAUUGAAGAUACUCCGUAAUAUGUAGCAACUGUGUUAGUUUUAGUAGUGAAAUUGACAAGGCUACAACGCCAAAGAAGCUGGUGGAAGGACAUGUUGUAUCAUGGCGUCAGGCAAAGCAGAUGAUGGGUUCUUCUUUCACCUAGGUAUUUCAGAAACCAGCCAAGAAUUGUCCCACGCUUCUAGGGUCCAUUUGCAAUUACACGGUCACCAAGUGGUGAUGUCUAAUGGUCUCGUUACGGUCACCUUCUCAAAUCCAGCGGGCAUGGUCACGGGAAUACAAUAUGACGGGAUGAAAAACGUACUUGAAACUGCCAACAAAGAAGAUAAUAGAGGGUAUUGGGAUGUUUACUGGGAUCGGCCUGGUACAAAUAUAACCAACGACAAGCAGUCAAGCGACUCGAGACAUUCAUUCAAGUUAUCAGGAACAAAGUUCAAGGUCAUAGUGCAAAAUGAUAAUCAAGUGGAGAUUGCGUUUGUUACAUUGUGGAACGGUGCAGGAUUUCCGUUAAAUGUCGACAAAAGAUAUAUUAUGCUCAAAGGCAGCUCUGGCUUCUAUUCGUAUGCAAUAUUCGAGCGCUCAAAAGGAAUGCCUGAAGUGAAUAUUUACCAAGCAAGGAUUGCAUUCAAGCUUCAAGAAAACAAGUUUCAUUACAUGGCGAUAUCUGACAAGAGGCAAAGGGUCAUGCCAACGGCCAAAGAUCGAAGAAAUGCUCAACCGCUUGACUACCCAGAGGCCGUUCGGUUUUCAAGACCAGGAAAUCCAUCCCUAAAAGGAGAGGUGGAUGACAAGUACCAAUAUUCCUGCGAUAACAAAGACAAUCAAGUGCAUGGGUGGAUAUCCGACAAUCCGAGAUCAGUAGGGUUUUGGAUCAUCACACCAAGUAACGAGUUUCGGACCGGUGGGCCUCUCAAGCAGGACCUCACUUCCCAUGUUGGCCCCACAGUCCUCUCAAUGUUUGUGAGUACCCAUUAUGCAGGGGAAAACCUGGGAAUGAAAUUCAGAAAUGGAGAGCGGUGGAAAAAGGUCUUUGGCCCCGUCUUCGUAUUCCUUAACUCGGCUUCCAACAACCAUAGAUCUUCACUUUGGCAUGAUGCUAAAUCACAGAUGGCGAAAGAAACUGCAAGCUGGCCAUACAAUUUUCCCCAAUCACCAGAUUUCUUCCACGCCAAUCAACGGGGCUCAGUUAGUGGCCGAUUACUUGUUCGUGAUGGAAGAAAACUCAUGUCAGCUGCCUCAGCUUCGGUGGGUUUGGCACCGCCAGGAAAUGCAGGAUCAUGGCAAUAUGAAAACAAGGGUUAUCAAUUUUGGACGCAAACUGAUCGUAAGGGGAAUUUCGUGAUCAAAGGUAUUCGACCUGGGUUGUAUAACUUGUUUGCUUGGGUCCCCGGAGUUAUUGGAGAUUACAAAUACGGUCCUUUUGUCAAGGUCGCAUCAGGGUCUAAUAUCAGACUGAGUAAUCUGGUGUAUGAACCUCCAAGAACCGGUCCUACUCUAUGGGAGAUAGGCACCCCUGACCGCGUUGCAGCUGAAUUCUUUGUGCCAGAUCCUAAACCAGCCUUGGAGAACCAUUUGUACGAUAGCUUUGACAAGUUUAGGCAGUACGGGUUGUGGAACCGGUAUGCAGAAAUAUAUCCCCGUCAGGAUCUCGUCUACACUGUAGGAGUUAGCAACUAUAGCCGAGACUGGUUUUUCACUCAUGUCACCAGGCAUGAGGGAGAUGGCAAAUACACAGCCGCCACAUGGAAAAUCUUGUUUGAGAUUAAAGCUGUUAACAGGGCUGGAAAUUAUACUCUUCGUGUGGCACUGGCAUCAGCUAAUGAAGCUGAACUGCAAGUCCGCAUCAACGACGAAAGUGGACCUCCAAUUUUCAGCACCGGCCUCAUCGGCAAGGACAAUGCAAUCGCAAGACACGGAAUUCAUGGCCUGUAUUGGUUGUAUGGCAUUGUCUUCCCGGGGUUUCAGCUUUACGAGGGAAGAAACACAAUCUUUCUAACGCAGUCGAGAGGGUCAAGUCCCUUUAAAGGCCUCAUGUACGAUUACAUCCGUUUAGAAACAACCUGGGUAGACAGACAGUAUCGAUUAAGAAAACAAUACAAGACCCAUUGAGUUUUUUCAAGAAAGAAUCCAGAAUGUCGAGCUUGUAGCACUGUAUUCUCGAAAGUUUUCUGGAAUUUUGGGGGGUUAGUUCUAUUUUUGUGGGUUUAUAGAGGUGCCGGUAUCGAGUAUAUGGUUAAUUUCCAAUAGAAUUAUGUUAGGUGCUAUGUAUGCCUUGAUGUGUUAGGCUGAGGCUGAUGUUUUUGUAUGCCUUGUACAUAUUUUUAGAGAUAUCUAUGAUUUUGUAUUGGUUUUUUU